AUGCACGGCAAUGGCAAGUUGUUUCAGGUGAUCUUUUACGAGGAGAGGAACUUCCAGGGUCGCUCCUGGGAGUGCAACGGAGACUAUGCCGACUUCUCCUCCCAUCUCAGCCGCUGCCACUCCUUCAGGGUGGAGAGCGGUUGCUGGAUGAUGUACGACCAGCCCAACUACAUGGGAAACCAAUACUUCAUGAGGAGGGGCGAGUACCCUGACUACAUGAGCAUGUGGGGCUGGAACAACUCCAUCAGAUCCUGCCGCUACAUCCCUAUGCACAGAGGAAAUUACAGAAUGAGGAUCUACGAGAGGGAGAGCUUUGAUGGCCAGAUGCAUGAGGUUAUGGAUGACUGUGACAGCAUCAUGGAUCGCUACCGUAUGAACCACUGCAAUUCCUGCCACGUGAUGGAGGGCCACUGGCUCAUGUACGAGCAGCCCCACUACAGAGGAAAGAUGUGGUACUUCCCUCCCGGAGAGUAUAGAUCUUUUAGAACCAUGGGAUACCCCAACAUGAGAUUCAUGAGCAUGAGACGCAUCAUGGACUCCUGGUACUAAA